AUGGCGUUUCAUGACAGAGAAAGAUCCUCCAAAAUUGGUAGCAAUAAUUCCAAUCCACAAUCUACCGGUUCUAAUACGUCCAAUGCAAGCAAACGAAACUAUAUCACCAAGCAUAUUCCUAGAGGGCCAAGGAAGAGGCCUUCCAACAAUAGCAACAUUUCUAAUAGCAAUGAGCACACUUCAACAGAUUAUAAUGAUAGCCUAAGUAAUAAUCCAUUAGCCAAACGACUAAAACCAGCCCAUACUCACCAGAACAACUCAAUAAAUAAUGCCGAUAAUCGGUAUAAAGAAAAGAGUUCUUCAAGGACAAAUUCUCGAUAUCGUGGGGCAAAUGAUCAAAGUAAUAAUACCAGUAACAGUACAAAUUCUAAUGAUCGUUAUUUAAAUAGUAAUUCAAGAAGAAGAAACAGUCAUCGUAGAAGUCAAAAUUCAAAUUCAGGCCCAAAUUCUGGAAAUAAUACACGGUCGAGUUCACGUUAUCAAGGACAAAUAAAUAAUAGUAAUUCAAGGUAUAACACUUCAAAUCAACAUGAUGACACUAAUAAUAAAAAUGAUUCAAAUUAUUCCAUAACAAAUGUAACAGAAAAUGAGGAACUCAUCUCUAGGAAAAAUAUGAGUAAUUCAGCUUCAAGAUAUGGGAAGAAAGGCAGGAAUAUUAGAUAUUCUAAUACUAGUGGUAGUACUACUAAUCAAAAGGGAAUUAUUACAAAUAGCAGAAAUUCAAACGAUCGUAGCACAAAUGGUAGCACAUAUAACGAUAUUAAACUAAGACUACCGAAAGGACCAAAAUCAUUCACUUCCACUACUGAUAUCUCAACCACUUCUUCAAAUCUACCUAAUUCAAAUAAAAAUACAAAUUUACAUAUAGAUAUCAAUUCUAAUAAUGCUAAUAAUAAUAUAAUUAGUCAAAUAAGCAAGCAUAUUAAAUUUUCAAUUUUAAAGCAAAAGAGAAGCUCCUCAGUUUAUGAAAGACUAUUACAGGUUGGUGAAGGUACCUAUGGUAAAGUUUAUAAAGCUAAAAAUAGGAUCAACUGGAGAAAUUGUUGCAUUGAAAAACUAAGGUUAGAAGGUGAAAAGGAGGGCUUUCCAAUAACAUCUAUUCGAGAAGUUAAAUUAUUACAAACUUUUAAUCAUGAAAAUAUUUCAAAAUUAACUGAAAUCAUGUGUGAAUCACAGAGGAUCAUUUAUAUGAUAUUUGAAUAUUCUGAUAAUGAUUUAUCGGGUAUAUUAUUAGAUAAAAAAUUGACAAUUAAACCUAAUCAGUGUAAACAUUUAUUUAAACAGUUAUUGUUGGGUAUUGAUUAUUUGCACGAUAAUUUUAUUUUACAUCGAGAUAUAAAAGGUUCAAACAUUCUCGUUAAUAAUAAAGGCAUAUUAAAAAUAACAGACUUUGGUUUAGCACGUAAAAUGAAAUUAAAUUACAAUAUUAAUAAUGAUGAUAAUAGCAAUAAAAAUAAUAUGCAAUAUUCAGAGCCCCCACCUGAAAAUGAUUACACGAAUAGAGUUAUAACGUUAUGGUAUAGGCCACCUGAGCUUUUAAUGGGUACUACAAAUUAUUCAAGUGAAGUUGAUAUGUGGGGAUGUGGAUGUUUAUUAGUCGAACUAUUUAAUAAGACAGCCAUUUUCCAAGGUAUUAACGAAAUUGAGCAAAUAAAUUCCAUAUUUAAAAUAUUAGGUACUCCAAAUUUAAAUACAUGGCCAGAAUUUCAUAAAAUGCCAUGGUUCUUCAUGAUAUUGCCCUUCUUGAAACAAAACUAUGAAUUUAAGUAUUUUGAGAAAUUUAGAAAAUUAUUGCCCACCGAGGAAUGUUAUAAUCUAUCACUGGGUUUAUUAGAUUAUAAUCCAAAGAAAAGAUUAAAUGCUAAGGAAGCUUUGAACAGUCAAUAUUUUAAGGAGGAUCCAUUACCAGAGCCAUUGGUUUUAGAAGGAUACGUUGGAAGACAUGAAUAUGAAGUGAAGCAAGCGAGAAAAUUGCAAAAGAAAAAAGAGAGCGGUUCUGGUUUGGGUUCUCAUAAUACUAAUAAUAAUACUGGUAAUAAUAACAACAAUAAUUCCAGCCAUAACCCUAGCGUAAUCAAUCAUACAAAUUCUAAUUCUAAUUCUAAUUCUAAUACACAUUCUAGCAGAAGUAGAAGUACUAGCAUAAGUGCUGAUGCCAGCUUGAAUACUAAAAAGUGA